UUGCCGACAGGACGAACGGGAAAUCAAGAUGGCGCUGUCCAGGAGAGGAAAGAGUUCCCUGGUGCUGUCUUCUGUUCCAUUGCAAGUCCUACUUUACCUCAAUGUUGCAUAUUAUGUAUUCUAUUUCUUAGCUACACUGCUGAUGAUCAUUUACAAAAGCCAGGUACUGAGUUAUCCGGACAGCAACCUAGCUCUGGACCUCGGACUUCUCUUCAUUAUGGCAAUUCUGGAAUUUUUAAGGCUCUAUUUUGGAACAAAAGGAAAUUUGACAGAGGAAGAGCUCCCUCUAGGGUUCAGCUUGUUCCUCACCGCAGGAAACAUCAUCCUAUCCAUUUAUUUCAUAGUGUGGGAGACCUACAUUCUAAGGGCAGACAUAAUCAUCAAUGCCAUUUUGCUGGUCCUCUAUGGGCUUGAAGUUAUACUGGAGCUGUUCACAAUUGCAGCAUUUUUUCGUUAACAAGGAACCAACAUCACCACUUGCAUCUUAAUUGAACUGUAUUUUUUUUUUUUUAUACAUGGUUUCAAAAAUACUUUAUAGAAAUUAUAUGCAGAAGUUAUUAUCAAUAACACUGACAGAUGUGCUCUACAGUGUCUGCAAACUGUUCAAUAAAUUAUAAUUGUAUUAUUGUUUAUUUAGAUGACAGGAUAAAAAAAUAUUGACAAUUUUCCUUUAGAACAGGGGUUGGCAACCUAUGGCCUGCAGUGUGUCUUUGCCUGGCACACAAGGCUGCCAGACUGAAUCGGGGCAGUUGGGGACAUCAGAGAAUCUCCCUAGCUGGCCAAGAGUACACAACACUACACUACAGAGAACUUGAACAGAGAACUCCCUAGUGAACCAGCACUUCUUAGUGACUCAGAACGUUGCUGCAGGUUACCACAACAACACUCUGACUGACUUGCAAUGUUCCAGGUAAAAAGGAGGGGGCAAAAAAUAAGUUUACAAAAAAAUUAUUUACAUUUACACACAACACCACAGACUGUCCCCACUACAUAUAUAUACUACAAGCAAUCCACCUACACACACUUAUCAGAGACAGCACACACUCAAUUUCACAUAACAGGCAGCCCAAAUACACACACAAAUACCAUGAACAGUUCACAUGCAAACACAUGAUACCACAAACAGGGCACACACAUACAUAACACGACAGGAAGCCCACACACACAGUAACACAAACACACAUACACAACUCCACAAACAGCUCCUGCCAUACACAUGCACACCGUAUCACAAACAGCCCACAGUCACUCUCAAAACUGUACAAGUCAACCCCUCCACACACAUUAAAACAAACACCAAUGGACACAUUAUACUACAAAAUCAUGUAUAUACCAUCACAUAACACCACUCACAAUACAUAUAGCCAACACAUAUAUACAAACUCACACAAGCCAAACUCUUCAACAUACAUCUGCAUGACUUUAACAAAAAUAGGGCCAGCACCCUAAGGGUGUUCAAAGUUUUACUUUGGUAAAGCGCUACCAAAAGGUUACGUAGCCCUGCUCUAAAAGAUCAAUAAUUGAUUACCUCUGAAAUAGCAAAGAGUACAGACUUUGAAAUGUUUCUUUUAUUUGGAGCUUUAUUUUUGGAAUUAUACAAAAUGCAACAUUUUCCCACAAAACUAUUAUUUUAAAAAAAUAUUUUGCAACCUCUGGCAACUUUGUAGUUUCUCAUUUGGGAAAAUGUACUUUGAAAUAUU